AUGGCGCUGUCCUUGUUGCCGAAUGCGAAAGCUGCGACUAGUUCUACAAAGGCGAGUAAGGAGAAGAGCACACGCGGUGCGCGAUCCGGACACGGGGCGCCACGCAGUCGAAAAGGCCAGACCAAGAAUCGUCCACUGCCCAAGAAAGCAGCGCCGUCCGUAUUGCCGAAGGAAAAGAAGACCGCUGGCUUCCGGACUAAUGGCCAGCUUCGUAUCACGCCGACCUCUCUGAAAUCGCGAGUAACUCUCGAUAAUCUUGCUGAGGGUACGCAAGCCGCGCCCAUCUGCAUGGACGACGACGGUGAUGAUGACAUCGGGAUCGCCCAACAUCAAAAGAGCUCGGUUUCGGUCAACAAGAGCGCAAAGAGUCAACAGAGUCUCGUGAGAGCGUUCACGCCCCUCUCGAUGAACGACCAAGAUCGCGAAACCGACGUUCCGUUUCCUUCCACACCUACACCCGCAGGUGUCCAGCUGAACGAAGACGUGCCUUCCGGCUCUUCGCGCAGCAGCAGCCCCGUCGAGAUUACCAGCGAAGAUGAUGAGCAAGCCUCGGACACGGAGCCUUCUUCCCCCAUCGAUGGGUAUAAGUCUCCGCGGAGAAGGUGCUUGGUGAAAUCAGGGCGCUACCGUGCUUUUCGGACGGGUCUGUACACGUUCGCGAUCACGAACCCAAAGGCUCAAGAAAUACCGUUUGACAAAGUGUUAAAGAUCAUCAACGGCCAGCUCCCAGUCGAAAAGCAGUUCUCUCUUCUGGAAGCAAAGCAGGUCCUCAAAUAUAUGAGAGAAAAGUUGUUCGACUCGCUGUGCGCCGAUCGGGUAGUGGGCGUGAACCUGGAGGGGAUCAAGUUGUAUGCGUAA